CUUUCUCAAGAACUGCAUGCCCUUUUAUUCUAGGAAACAACCAAAAGAACGAGAGGCCACCGAGGACAAAACCUGUCUGCAAACUCCGGCACACGGCGAUGCACGCAGGCAUCUGUUAGGAGGAGGGACCGGGAUUUCUCUUGAUUACGAGACUUCCCUGCACCUGUUGACAGUCUGUCUUUAUUUUCAGCCAAAGAACUGCUAAAUCCUGGAUGUCUCCAUCGUCAACCACAGGAAGCUUUGUACUUCAGUAAUUCUGCUAUUCAUCAGUAGGAGGAAGAAGCUGGGGACUCCCUUUGGAAGGAACAUAAAAUCUGUGAAGUUUGAACAAGCAGCCUUCCCAAGAUGUACCAAAUCUCUCAACUGAUGUCAACACCAGUGGCAAGAAAAUGUUCUUCAGGCUCUGAGAGAGAAUAUACCAGAGAGAUGUCUCCCGGAUGCAUUCUCCCGAGUUUUGCCUGUGAUUUCCUGGAUGGUGACAGUUCCUUUGAAUGCUGCCCUGUAGAUCUCUUGACAGGCUCCCAUGUUACCUGUCGCCGAAGUCCCAGACUCCUCUCCAAUGGCUACUACAUUUGGACAGAAGACAGUUUCCUCUGUGGCGAAGAUGGCAAUAUAACUCUGAGCCCACCCCAGACCAGUGUUCUUUACAAGGAGAAUUUAGUUAGAAUAUUUAAAAAGAAAAAGAGAAUCCGCCCUUCCUUUUCUAAUCUCUUCAACCUUGGCACCUCUAAAUCCUGGCAGCCUGGAAAUAUCUUUGGUGAUGUGGACUCUUCCCUAAGUCAGGACACCUGUUUGGAGGGGGUCAGGAGGCUGGCCAUGCACCAUUGCCAUGAAAUCGGAGAGGCUCUCGAGUGUUCCGACGCCUGGGAGUCCGAGCAGCCAAGGGCAGCCUCCUCCUCCAGCCACGCUGUGUCUCGGGCUCCGCUGGAGCACUCCCACGACUGGGCCCUUCAGUCUCAAGGGACGGCUUCCGGACAUUUCCCGGGGAACAUUCUGGAUCAUGCCAAAACCCGUUUGUGGAGAGAGGGCUCCUUUCAAGCAAUUCUGCUGGCUGCGUGCGUAAUCAUUUGUGCAUGUGCAAGAUGUUUUCUGGGAGGAGGAUUAGCCAGUGUCCUCACAUGCCCGUUGAUGAUAACUAUUGCCUAUGCUGUCAAGUCACUGUUUCUCAAUCUUGCCAACUAUUUCAAAGCCACCACCUGUGCUCAGUUUGCCAAAGUUUGACAGCCAUUUAGGAGUGUCGUCUCUGAUGAAUGACUUCUGUCUGAAGAUCCAGAAAUUG